AUGCUGACUGGAAAAUUAGCUGUAGUUACUGGUGGUGGAUCAGGAAUCGGACGAGCAGUAUGUCAACGACUGUCGAAUCAUGGAGCCAAGGUCAUAGUAGCAGAUAUGAAUAAGAGUGCAGCUAUGGACACAGUAAAUAUUCUUGGAGCAAGCAACGAUCACGUUGCUUUCGCCUGUGAUGUCAGUAAGUCGGAUGAAGUUGCGAAACUUUUCGAAUUCACUUUGGGACAAAAUCCUUCGCCGCCGAGUAUUGUGGUGAAUUGUGCUGGAAUCACGAGAGAUUCAACUUUGCUCAAAAUGUCCGAGAAAAACUUCGAUGAUGUGGUCGCUGUCAACCUAAAAGGAGUUUAUUUGGUGACUCAAGCAUUUGCGAAAGCGGCUGUCACACAGAAAGUCCCCCUUUCUGUUGUGAAUGUGUCUUCCAUCGUUGGAAAAGUAGGAAAUUUCGGACAAUGCAAUUAUUCUGCAACGAAAGCUGCCGUAGUUGCGUUCGGAAAGUCUGCUGCUAAAGAAUUGUCUGCGAAAGGGGUGAGAGUGAACACAAUCAUGCCCGGAUUUAUUCGAACUCCGAUGACUGCCGCUAUGCCAGAAAAGGUUUUGGCCAGCAUUUGUGCUCAGAUACCGAUGGGACGAAUGGGUGAACCGGACGACAUUGCUGACGCUGUACUGUUUCUAUCGUCGGAUCUUUCGAGUUACAUGACUGGAGCCACUGUCGAGGUGACGGGAGGUCUUCAUAUGUAA